UUAAGAGAUUAUUUUCACUGUUUAAAAUUAAAUAAUUCGUUUGAAUAAAAUAAAUGAAUAUGUGUUAUAACAAACAUUCUUUGAAUAAUGACAUGAAUAGUUUAUGUGUGGUUAAUGUCAGAAAACAGGUAUAUAAAAAAACUGAAUAAAUAAGGAAAUACGAAUCAAUUGAAUUGAGUUUAUUGUACACAGCUUGUCUUGUGUGAAAGAUCCAUGUUUUCCUGGAGAAUCUGUUCAAAUGGAUAUCUAUGUAAAACGCUCGCCUUAAACUGAGGUAUAAUCCCGGUACAUGUGUUGUUCGAGUACAGUUCACAUGUUCCGUAAAUGGAUAAUAUUUAUUUUUCAACGAAAUAUGAAACAAAAAUUAAAGAUAGUGCGUUUUUUUUUGUACUUGCUUAACAUCCUUGUAUUAGUGUUGUUUACGUUAACUAUUAACGCUACCCAUGUCAGGUAUGUGAUUCAAGAGGGCGGUGUUGAUAUUGAGCAAUUAGUAAAGGCCGUUGUUCUUGCUGAUAAUGAGCUGAUAUCGAGUCUGACUGAUAAUCAGCUACACGGAUACAUUGCCUAUCACUGAAUACUGCAUGUGACACCGACAACACCGUACAUAUUACAGCUGGAAUAUACCCGUGUACAUCAUGGCCCACGAAGACAGAUGCACGUGCUGUCGCUGGUUAUACAGCGUGUACGGGGAGUGCCUGGUAAUCACGUGCACGUUCCUGCACGCGCUCAUGUCGGCGGUAGAAAUUCUCAUACACUUCGAGGUUAUCAAAGUUCCCGGGGUGGAGCCAGUCACCACAGCAGUCACAACCGUACAGGGCGCCUCAGGCACGAGCAACUUGAGCACCGCCCCCGCCCCGACCCAGGGAGCGUACGACCCUGGAGGAUGCCCACCCGUCCUGCACGAGAACCUGGUGACGGUGGUCGAGGUCGUCCGGUACGGCACCCUCGUCAUCUCAGCUCUGUUCUUUAUCGAGAUCAUCGGUAGAAUAAUACAUUCAAAGAAAAGAUUUUUCAAAGACCCUUGGCAGGUGUUUGACGGGAUAAUAGUUGUGUGUAGCCUGGGAGCGGAGGCGGUACUGUUUGUACUGCAUGACCAGCUUCUUUGCUACCACGUGGCGGUGGAGGCGGCCGCGCUCCUCGUGUUGCUGCGUCUCUGGAGGCUGCCACGCACAUGCAACAUCCGGAAGGAGCGUGACGUGUCGCGACUGGAGCAGGAGAUGAAGUACCUUCGGCAGACGAAAAUCGAUGCGGACCUGAAGUGCCGCAAAUCGGAGGAAAUCAACAACAUGCAGGUCAUGGAGCUGCGCGACCUCCGUGAGCUCCUGAAGGAAAGGGGUAGCCAUAUCAUAGAGGAGAAAGAACUUACUCCUAACGGUCAGAGCCGAACACCAAAUGGGAUUACAGUAAAUAAAGUAUUAACUACAUCUGAAGAUGACAUUGACGGUGUAAGACAACGUGAAACACUUAACCAGUUAACUGACUCUCAAACUGGUUAUGAAAGUGAUUUAGCCAGAAAUGACUCUGACUCAAAAAAUAGCAAGGCGGCGGACUCUGGUAUUGAGGUGAAGGAUUCUUUCAAUGAACAAGAUACUAAACAAAAUUUGACAUCGAAAAAUCCUCGACAGAGUGGCAAGCGUUUCCGUAAGCGGUCGGCGGCGGCGGAAGUUGGCGAAGGGAACGACGACGUGUUCGACAGUGACGGGUCGGAGGGCACUGCAGACAGGGCGGGCCUCCUGCAGGAAGUGACUGUGCAGAUUGAGGAGGCGACCCGGCAGAACCAGCUACCUUCCAUAUCCAGGGACCUUGCGCCAGAGGAAAGCCCAGUCGUCGUGAGGAGACGCAAGUCGAGCUUUGAGGGCACGUAUUUCGAUAACCGGGGUUACGCGGGUGAGGACGACGAUGACGUCACGGAUUUAGACGGUUCCCGAACGUACAAAAGCGCCGAGGGGAUUCCUAUGACGGAUUUGUGACGAGACUUUGAACUUGCAUCCGGUCAAGUGUUGGUGUUGUUGUGCACGUAAUUCAGCCCCUCAGAAUUGCAGACAUUGUACCUCUACUUACAGUGAUUCAUAAACGGACAUGUUGAAAAGAAACAUUAUGGUAUUUUAUGGGGCAUCUUGUUUGGUCCUGCAUGGUUAUUUAAACGCAUUACUUGCUUACAAAGUGUAUUAUUAAACAUAUCUGUUGACGAAUAUGCCGUGAGUUUGGUGUGGAAAUGCUCGAUACAACAUAUCGACGCGACAGUCUGCGCGCUGACGACCAUGGAAACCUAGUCCAUGGCUACUGGUCGUUCAAGACAUGGUGCCAUACCACUAUAUGUUAGUAGAAAAAAAUGUCAUCUAGUCCAUUGUAACUUGUAUAUGCUGGGUAAAGUGUCCAGCAUUAGCUACAUGUGCAUUGUCGUUGUCGUUAGUUACGGUGCAUUUUCGAUAUGAAUAUAAAUAUUAUGAUUGUGAUAAUAAGUCAACAUAAAUGUCGUAUAUAUAAUACAGACAGCUGGUCUGUCUGUUUCUUUAUGUAGAAGUUCUGAGCUGUGAAAACACGGACCUAUAUAGUGUUAAUACCAUUAUUCAUUUUUUUUCUAUGAUAAGUUGUUACAAAAUGUCGUAUUAUGUAAUUAUUAUAAAUAAAUAAUAUUUAUAAUUAA